AUGGCAGCAGAAGAAUUUGUUCUAAUUCCAAAGCAUAUGUACAUCAGAGAUCAACCACAUGCAGCACAUAUUUUGCUUGACAACUCAAGUAAACACAAGAAACCGCAACUAUCAUUUUUGAACCGUUUGAGACCACUAAAUGAAUCAGCAAGAACAACAACAACAUCAGCUAUUGUUUCGCCAGCAGUCAUUCCCCCAACCCCUGAACCACCUAUUGUUGCCAAAGCAGAAAACAAUCCACAAAAACAAGCUCUCCCUCUCACUUCUCAAGACGAUGAUGAUGAUGAUGAUGGUGAUGAUGAUGAUGAUGAUGAUGAUGAUGAUGAAGGUAACGAGAUGGAAAAAAGUGUUGAGCUUAGUGAGGCAUUAUCCACAGAACGUAUCCUGUUACAAUUACAGCUCAUGAAUGAACACAAAUUUAAGCGAGCAAAAAAAGUUCUUGAAGUUAUUAAAAAGUCAGAACGAGUCAAAAUAAAUAAAGAUAAUGAAGAAAUUUACGUUGAUAAAGUGCCAACAGGUCUUAAAGCAUCAGUUUUUCUGUUUGAUAUACAACAACAAACUAAAAAACUUUACAACCCUGCUUUUAUACUGAUUUUGAGGUCACUCAAACUUGAUGAACGGUUGGUUAUGAACAAGUAUGCCAAAGUCGCGGUUCAGUCAACGAAUACGGAACAAGCUCAACAGAAGCAAAGAAGCAGACGUUCCACAAAUUCCCCUUCGAAAUCUACAGCCCUCCUCCUCCUUUCUCCCGAGAAGAAACCUUCGUCGUCGUCGUCGACGACGUCAAGAAGUGCCACCUCAAAAAGCAGUAAGAGACGCAAAACCAGAAAGACUGUUGCAGACAGUGAAAGAGAACGGUCACCGCAAAAAACCAAACGAGAAGAAGGUGCAGCAGAAGAAGAAGACUCCGAGUCGUACGAAACGCCCGAUAACGAUUCAGAUUCUGCAACGACAGAGAAGAAGAAGACAAAAACAAACAAAAAAUGGCAAGAUUACACCAGCUGA